CGCCGCGCCUGAUUGGCUGAGCCGCUGUCAGGAGUAAAAAAGUAUCGGGUGGCAAACUUGAGCCCUUCAUAAAGGCGUGGUGGCGAUACUCCGCGGUCGCUGGCAGCCUAUGACAUCAGCCGGGCACGCCUGGGAUGCCGCCGCGGCCGGCCGGACUCGGCGCAGGAGGAGGGUCCCGCCGGCUAGGAGUCAGUUAGCCCCGCGCAGCGAGGGGGGAGCCGCCGGUUGCCUGGGGACACCGGUCUCGGCCGCCGGCUGCCGCGGUCCUCCCACCCAGGGGCGCUCCCGGAGAGUUGGAUGCGUUCUGGGUUGUUAGCUGCGCUCCGCUGGGCUCCCGGGAGCCCGUUCCUGGUGGAAAACAGGGGGCGUCUGGCCAAGGGACCAGCGGCUCGUUGAGGCUCAACAUGACACUCCUGGGGUCUGAGCAUUCUUUGCUGAUUAGGAGCAAAUUCAGAUCAGUUUUGCAGUUACGACUUCAGCAGAGGAGGACCCAGGAACAGCUGGCCGGACAAGGCAUAACACCACCACUGAAAAAUCCAACUGAGUUCCAUGAGCAAAGAAAACAUUUGGAUAGUGACAAGACUGAAGACUCCCUCAAGCACAAGGUCAGAAACAGGCCCCACCGCGCGGACGUGGUUAAUAUGCACAUACUCCAAGGCUCCACUGCUGAGAGAUCCAUCCCAACCGCUCAGAUGAAGCUAAAAAGAGCCCGUCUCGCAGAUGAUCUCAAUGAAAAGAUUGCCCUCCGGCCGGGGCCACUGGAGCUGGUGGAGAAGAACAUACUCCCCGUGGAUUCUGCUGUGAAGGAGGCCAUAAAAGGUAACCAGGUGAGUUUCUCCAAAUCGGCAGAUGCAUUUGCCUUCGAAGAGGAUAGCAGCAGUGACGGGCUUUCUCCAGACCAGGCUCGGAGCGAAGACCCCCAGGGAUCAGCGGGAUCCCCUGCAGACACGAAAGCCUCAGAGACCCCUUUGGCAGGUCCUCUGGGGCCCGUCCAGGAUCAUUCUUCUGGCUCCGAAAAGGACAGGAAAGACUCAGCCUCCCAGCCCAGCAGCCAGUCAGACACGGGGAAGCAGGGGCUCGGCCCUCUUGGCAACCCGAUCACUGUGCACGCUGCCGUAAAGUCCAAGUCCUUGAGCGACAGUAAGAACCGCCACAAAAAGCCCAAGGACCCCAAGCCCAAGGUGAAGAAGCUCAAAUACCACCAGUACAUCCCGCCGGACCAGAAGGCGGAGAAGUCCCCGCCGCCCAUGGACUCGGCCUACGCCCGGCUGCUCCAACAACAGCAGCUCUUCCUGCAGCUCCAGAUCCUGAGCCAGCAGCAGCAGCAGCAGCACCGGCUCGGCUACCCGGGGAUUCACCAAGCUCAGCUCAAGGAGCCAAAUGAACAGAUGGUCAGAAAUCCAAACUCUACUUCAACACCACUGAGCAAUACCCCUUUGUCUCCUGUCAAAAACAGCUUUUCUGGACAAACUGGUGUCUCUUCUCUCAAACCUGGCCCGCUGCCAUCAAACCUAGAUGAUCUGAAGGUCUCGGAAUUGAGACAGCAGCUCCGAAUCCGGGGUCUGCCCGUGUCAGGCACCAAGACGGCCCUCAUGGACCGGCUGCGGCCCUUCCAGGACUGUGCGGGGAACCCCGUGGCCAACUUCGGGGACAUCACGACCGUCACCUUUCCCGUGACGCCCAGCGGCGCGCUGCCCGGCUACCAGUCGUCCCCGUCCGCCGGCGCCCUGUCCAAUGGCUUCUAUCACUUCGGCAGCACCAGCUCCAGCCCGCCGAUCUCGCCCGCCUCGUCCGACCUGUCGGGAGCGGGGUCCCUGCCCGACACCUUCAACGACGCGUCCCCGUCCCUCUGCCUGCACCCGUCGCCGGUGCACGCGUGCGCCGAGGAGAGCCUGCUGGGCGGCCUGGGCGGGGGCUCGCUGGCGCCCGAGCCGGACGGGCGGGACUCGGAGAAGGACAAGAUGCUGGUGGAGAAGCAGAAGGUCAUCAACGAGCUCACCUGGAAGCUGCAGCAGGAGCAGCGCCACGUGGAGGAGCUCCGGAUGCAGCUGCAGAAGCACAAGAGGGCCGGUGGCCCCGAGAAGCCGCCGCCCUUCCUGGCCGUCCCCAUCAAGCAGGAGGACGCCGUGCCCAGCUGCCCCUUCGCGCCGCAGCAGAGACCCGGGAAGAGGCAAGGCCAGGGGGCCGAGGGCCAAGUGCAGGCGGGCGAAGCGGCCGGGCGCCGGCCCCUGGGGCCUGCUCCCUGCACCGAGGCCUCGGGCCACAGUGACGCGCUGCCUUCCACGUUCCUGAGCCCCCAGUGCUCCCCGCAGCACUCGCCGCUGGGCGCUGUCAAAAGCCCGCAGCACAUCAGUUUGCCCCCGUCACCCAACAACCAUUACUUCCUGCCCUCCUCCUCGGGCGCCCCGGGGGAAGGGCACAGGAUCGCCUCACCUGUCAGCCAGGUGUGCGCUGCACAGAACUCAGGGGCGCACGAGAGCCAGCCUGCGAGCUUCUCUCCCCAGCCCUCCAGCCUCCACCCCCCUUUCUCUGGAGCCCAGGCAGACAGCAGUCAUGGUGCUGGGGGCACCCCUCGUCCCAAAAGCCCAGGGGUCCAGCAAAAGAUGGCUGGUUUACACUCUUCUUCUGAGAAGACGGGGCCAAAGUUCUCCAUUCCAUCCCCAACGUUUUCCAAGUCCACUUCAACCGUUCCAGAGAUAACCCAGCCUCCGUCCUAUGAAGAUGCCGUCAAACAGCAAAUGACUCGGAGCCAGCAGAUGGAUGAGCUCCUGGACGUCCUCAUUGAAAGUGGAGAAAUGCCAGCUGAUGCUAGAGACGAUCAUUCGUGUCUUCAAAAAGUCCCCAAGAUACCUGGGUCUUCCCGAAGCUCCCCAGCUGCCCUGCCCAAACCCUCCUCUUCGGGGGGCCACCUCUCCUUCGAUCACUACGGCGCCGACAGCGAUGAGCACCUUGAAGUCUUACUAAACUCCCAGAGCCCCUUAGGGAAGGUGGGUGAUGUCGCUCUGCUGAAAAUCGGGAGCGAAGAGCCUCCUUUCGAUGGGAUAAUGGAUGGAUUCUCUGGGAAGGCUGCGGAAGACCUGUUCAGCACGCAUGAGAUCUUGCCAGGCCCCCUGUCCCCGAUGCAGACUCAGUUCUCCCCCUCCUCCGUGGACAGCAGUGGGCUACAGCUAAGCUUCACCGAGUCUCCUUGGGAGACCAUGGAGUGGCUGGACCUCACGCCACCAAGCUCCACGCCAAGCUUUAGCUCCCUCGGCACGGGCGGCCCCAGCAUCUUCAACAUUGAUUUCCUGGAUGUCACGGAUCUCAAUCUGAAUUCCCCCAUGGACCUCCACUUACAGCAGUGGUAGACUGCCUGGGCAGAGGCGCUAAGGGAGGCCAGUGGGAAUUUCAUGGGGGGAAAAACACACAAUCCCCCAAUGCAUUCCUAUCGUCCAAAAAGAGGAGGAGGGAAUUGCAAAGAAACAGUGGAGAUGUCUGUGACCAGCAACGAGAGCAAAUCGCAGUCAGUUACUCUCAAUGAUUUCAGCAAUGCAUUCAGAGAUGUGCUUUCUCAGAUCAGAAAUGCCAAAAAGAAAAAAAAAAAUUCACUGCCUUUUCGAAUACCAAUAUUUUUGUAGCCCAUGAUUUUUCUCGGGCAUUGUCCGGGCAUAGUCUCACAUCAUGGAAGCCUCUCUCAUGGGUUUAUUAGACACAGUGCGGAAUGGAAGUGGGGCUCUUCUGGGGUACAGGGAUUCUAGCAUAACCAUCAGCGUUUCGUGAGAGUAGACCCAUGGUGGAGACUGCUUCCCAGCCUCCCUCCCUGUCUUUAAACAGAAGUCAGGCCCCUCUUAGGUUCUCGAGGUAGGAGAGAGGAACAGAACCCAUCCAUUCCCAGGGAAAGAGAAUCAACUCGGCCUCAAAGCUACCCUCUUGAGGUGGUUCCAGUCCAGGAACCCGGGACUAUUUGGUCACGGCUAACGAACCCACAUUUGGUCCACAGAACCCCACUGAGAAUUUCCCUCUUGGUCAACCAGUCACCAGGUCACUCCUGCUGUCCCCGUGGUCAUAAACACCAUGAAACAGCUGAGAACCUUAAAGCAAACAAAACCCCAAACCUCUUGCCAUGGAAGGUUCCCCAACACAACCCCCUUUAGUUUCAAGGACUGGAGGUGACCCCAUGAGCAGUUGGGAAGGCUAUCUCUAGCUUCAGGAAGCCGUACCAGGGAUCAUUCAGAUAGUGCUAGAAACCCUUGUUUCAUAUGUCAUGAGAAUAAAUACCAGGGGUUCCUACAACAGGUUGAUGAUUUAUGGGGGUCCAGCUAUUUUGGGGGGAAGGGACUUGGGGGUCCACCUCCAUUUUUCUUUCUCCCACUUUUCUUUCAAAAUACCAAUCUUUUCUUGCUCCUCUUUUGAAACGUUUUUUUCUGCCCCAACAUCAAGAGGACUCCUUAGCUCUAAAAAGCUGCCACAUUCCUAAUAAAGCCAUAUUUUUAAAAGACCAAACUCCAGGUUCUCCCAGAGAACACAUUUUCCGUAUAGCAUCAUUUGCUGGGGGGGUGGGGGGGUGGGGAGUCAAAAGAAUGUCCUUGGAGUGGGAAAAA